AUGUCUGAGUUCCACAAGCGCUUCGAGGCGGCCGAACAUAAAGUGAUUGUUCUGGACUUUUAUGCUACCUGGUGCGCUCCGUGCAAGGACAUUGACAAGGUGGUGAAAGCACUCGCGCGCCAGUACGCCAACAAGGUGGACGUAAUUAAGAUUAAUGUGGACCGAUUCGAUGAUUUGGUGGAAACCUACAAGGUGCGCAGCAUGCCUACAUUUGUGUUCAUCAAGAACAAUCGAAAAAUUGGCCGAGUCAUUGGAGCAGAUGAGCACAAACUAAAGCAAACGUUAUCUAAAGUCUGCAAAUAA